CCCACGCUUUUAAAGCUUUUAUCGUUUUUCUUUCGCUAUGCGACUUCCCUUCACUCGCCUCCCGCUACUAAAAAUCUCGCAUUCUCCCCAAUUAUUUUCAUCCAAACCCUUAUUCUCUCAAAUAAGCCCUGAUUAUCUCAAUAAUUAUCUACUCCUCGGCCUCUCUUCUUCGUAUCGGCGCCAAUUCUCUGCCAUGGCGAGCAGCUCGUCGGAUGAAUUCGUCAAGGGAGCAGUUCACCCCAACGGCGUCGCAGUCAUCACCAUCGAUCGCCCUAAAGCCCUCAACGCCAUGAAUCUAGAUAUGGACAUAAGGUAUAAGAAGUUUCUUGAUGAAUGGGAAAAUAAUCCUAGUGUGAGAUGCAUUCUGGUGGAAGGCAGCUCAGCCCGUGCCUUUUCAGCAGGGAUGGAUAUUAAGGGUGUUGUUGCUGAAAUCCAGAAGGACAGAGCUACACCACUUGUGAAAAAGGUUUUUGCGGCAGAGUAUUCUUUGAUAUGCAAAAUAUUCGAUUAUAAAAAGCCUUAUAUAAGCUUUAUGGAUGGAGUAACUAUGGGGUUUGGAAUUGGAUUGUCUGGUCAUGGCCACUAUAGGGUGGUUACAGAGAAAACUCUUCUAGCCAUGCCAGAAAAUGGAAUUGGGUUGUUUCCAGAUGUUGGGUUUGCUUACAUAGCUGCUCAGAGCCCAGGAUCAGGGGCAGUUGGGGCUUACCUUGGACUGACUGGAAAGAGGAUUUCCUCUCCUGCUGAUGCACUAUAUGUAGGUCUUGGAAGUCAUUAUGUUCCAUCUGGAAGCUUGGUGUCCCUGAGGGAGGCACUUCUUUCGUUGAACUUCUCUGAUGACCCUCACAAGGAUGUCAUAGCACUUCUGGCGCAAUACAAGAAGGAGCCUGAAUCAGAGGCUCAACUAAAUUUGCUGUUACCUCACAUUGUUUCAUGCUUUGGUGCAAAUAAAUCAGUAUCAGAAACAAUUGAAGAAUUGAAGAAGCUCCAACAGCAUGCUGAUUCUGGAGUGGCAGGAUGGGCUAAUGAAGCUCUUCAAGGACUUGGAAAAGGUGCCCCCUUUUCUCUCUGCUUAACGAAGAAGCACUUCUCUGAAGUUGCAUCUGCACAUGGGCAAAAUGACCAUCAUUUAUCUAAACUGCACGGUGUAAUGAAGGCUGAAUAUCGCAUUGCCCUGAGGUCAUCACUUCGAAAUGAUUUUGCUGAAGGUGUACGAGCAGUGUUGGUGGACAAGGACCAGAACCCGAAAUGGAGCCCUGCUAAAUUGGAGGAUAUUGAUGUGCAUCAAGUUGAAUCAGUGUUUGAACCUUUACCAUCUGAAGAUGAACUGUGCGUGUGAUCUCUCUUCUAGUUUGGAUCUGAAAAUAGAAAAGAUUAGUCCUGUCAUGUUUAUUCCACUUUCCCUUAUUAAGUCCAGUCUGUUGGGCCUUGAGCUAAAAUUACAUGAACUAAUAAAGUAACAAAUAAAUGGAUUUUCACCUUCCAUAUAUUCAA